CGUGUCGUUAUUUUGCCUCCCAUGAGGCCGUAAUGGGCGUCCUUGUUCCCACCAGAAGAAGCGCUGUGCGAAUGAGCUAGACGAACCCCAUUAAAAGGCAGAUACCAGGAGGACGCGACGAGACAAUGCAAUUUCUAACAUCACUAUCUGCCUGCAAGCCAAGUAGCUUUGGAGGAGGCACUUCGGCAUCCCUUAGUUCAGACUUGGACCUCCAAGACGGUGAAGGCGAUGAACUGGACGAGAAUGGCGCCCGCAUCAUGUCACGCCGCAUGGUGCAGCGCGUGUGCCGCGCACGUGGGCUUUACCUUACUCCAUCCUGCAACACAGCCCUAUACCUGCAGGACUUGAAAUUCCUUCGUAUUGAAAACCUCGAGGACUACACCUCCUGUCGUGUGCUGCACCUCUCCAACAACUGCCUGACCAGCAUCCAGGGACUGGACCACAUGACCGCCCUGCAGGCGCUCUACCUGCAGUCCAACGACCUGCGCUCCCUGUCCGGCCUCUCCGCCCUGCCCCGCCUGCACACCCUGCACGUCAGCGGCAACCCGCUGGGCAGCCUGGCGGGCGGUCUGCCGCCCUCGCUGCGCUGCCUGCAUGCGGCUAACACGGGUCUGCGCUGCCCCUCCUCCUCCCUGGCGCUGCUGCCCCGCUGCUGUCCGGGGCUGGAACUGCUGGAUGUGUCGGG